AAAAAGUCCGCCCCAGCACACUCACACACACACACACACACUCACACACUCAGUCAGUCACUUCUCAACAUGGACGUCCUAGCGACGGUUGCUGUGCGCUCUCUGCGGCUCUCUGCGCUCUACGCGCGGACUCUCUCGGCGGUCCGGCCCGGUCCGGAGCUCCGGUGCGGAGGCCCCGGUGCCACCUUGGUCAGACGGAAUAUGAAUGUCCAGACUGCGACGGAGACGGCGGGACUCAAGACCAUCGACGACCUGCCCGGACCCAGUUUGUCCACAUCUCUCUACAUGCUCUUUUUCAAGGGAUAUUUGAAGAAGUAUCAUUUAAUGCAGGGUCUGCAGAAGAGCAUGUACGGGCCCAUAUGGUGCUCAAAGAUGGGCUCAUAUAAGAUGGUGAACGUGGCGAGUCCGGAGCUCAUAGCUCAGGUGAUCCAACAAGAGGGUCUCUACCCGGUCCGAUUUGACAUGCAACACUGGAGAGACUACAGGGACCUGAGAGGACAGGCCUACGGUUUACAUGUUAGCACAGGACGAGAAUGGCACCACCUCCGCAGUGUCCUAAACCCUGGUCUACUGAAGAUGAAGGCAGUGACAGGUUAUGCCUCGGUCAUCCACGAGGUGGUCGGAGAUUUGCUGCGGCGCAUUGAGGUCCUUCGCGGUUGCAGUCAGGACAAGGCUACAGUUCCAGAUGUAGCGGCUGAAUUCUAUAAGUUUGGUUUUGAGGCGGUCUCUGCAGUCCUGUUUGAGACCAGGCUCGGCUGCUUGGAGGAGGACAUUCCCAAAGACACACAUAAAUUCAUCGCCGGCGUCAACGACAUGCUUUUUCUGUCUCAAAUCCUUGUUCUCUUCCCACGCUGGAGCUACAACAUCCUGCCCUUCUGGAAGCGUUUUGUUCGGGCUUGGGACGACCUCUACGGCGUAGCCGAGGCGCUCAUCGACAGGAGAGUGGCAGAAAUUGAAGCCCAGGUGAAGAGAGGCGAGACGCCAGAGGGCAUGUACCUGACUCAUCUGCUGUCUUCUGAGCAGAUGAGCAGAGCCGAUGUUUACGUCACUGUCACGGAGCUGCUGCUCGGGGGAGUGGACACGACGUCCAACACCUUGUCUUGGGCUUUGUUCCAUUUAGCGAAGGACAACAGGGUUCAGGACCAACUGUACAGGGAGGUGAACGCCGUUUGCCCCGAUCAACGAGCGGCGACCACAGCCGACCUGAGCAGGAUGCCGUACCUGAAGGCCGUCGUGAAGGAGACGCUGCGACUUUAUCCUGUGGUACCUGGAAAUGGACGCAUUGUUUCAGAGAAUGAGGUGAUUCUGGACAACUACUGGUUCCCAAAGAAGACUUUGUUCCACUUGUGUCAUUAUGCAGUUUCUCAUGAUGAGGCAGAGUUCCCUGACGCGGAACGCUUCAUCCCGGAGCGUUGGCUCCGCACCAAGACACCCGGCACCGACUCUGUGGCACCAAUGCCAGGCUCCUACCAGCACCACCCGUACAGUUUCAUCCCAUUCGGCGUGAAGGGGCGAGGGUGUGUGGGGAAGAGGUUGGCGGAGAUGGAGUUGUAUUUCUCUCUCUCCAGGCUGUUGCAGCGCUACAAUGUCCAGCCUGAGCCCGGCGUCACCACCAUAGACCCCAUCACUCGGACUCUGCUCGUCCCUGAAAAGCCCAUCAACCUGCGCUUCCUGCCCAGAGCCCAGUGAGCUCAGCAGCUUUUUUUUCUUUUUUUCUUCUUCCUGUUGGAGAGUGAUGGAAUGUUUUCCCUUCUCUGCCCAGACUUUUUUUCGGGAGAAGACGUGAAGGCAUUUGGCUCUGUGGCUCUGCGGCUCUGCAGGCUUAAUGAAAGUGGCUCGCUGGCUGUCUCCACAGACACACAAACACACUUUCUCUGCCUUUAGAUGAACUUUGAUCAUUCGUCUCUGCUUCCUGCGCUACAUCGCUGUCGAUCAUUGAAGCUUGUGUUUUUAUACCGCGAGCAGCUGAAACCUGUGUGUGUGUGUGUGUGUGUGUGUGUGUGUGGACAUGACUCAACACAACUUCCUUAUUAAUGUUCAUCAUAAUCAGCUUGUUAUUGCAUGAAUCAGAGAGGUGUACAGGCAGGUUUUGUCUUUUAAUAUUAAUCAUUAAAAAAGGGGAAGAGGUUUAUGUGCUGACAUAAAAGCUGGGAAAAAUAACUUCAUUUUACUGCCUUUGCGUAUUAAAAGUUACAGGUUGCACCUAAAAUAAUUAUAAUAAUAAUAAUAACUUUUACUAACUCAAAUUACCUGUGGGCCACUGAGCCUGUUUUCUGGACAGUAGGGGGCCAGUCAAGUGAAAAGAAAGUCACAUUUUUGGGGGAUAAAGCAACUUUUCAGUUUAAGUAUGUGGCUAUGUCAUGAUUUUCCCAGCAGUGACAAUGUUUUUCUGAUGGUAUUUCACCGAAUUUCAGAAUAAAACCCCUUUUGUUGACAUGGAACGAUGUAAAGUUUGAUCGUCAUAGAAAAAGAAAAACAUACUGAAAUAAAUAAUAUUAUAUUAACUUUAUAUUAGUUGGCAGGUGGCAUGAAAUCAACUUGAGACCACUGACCUAGAAGUUAUUUAUCUUUGAAAUGCUUCUGUAUAAAUGUAUAUGUGUUUUUGGGUGGCGUGUGCGUGUGCAGGCGUUCUCAUAUGGAGAAAGGCAAUUAUUUAAAGGAUCAGUUUACACUAAACCAGCAAGAGAAAGGGAAAUUUGUGUAAGUGUUCCAUGGUCAUGCAGGCUGUGGAUGUUAGUAUCUCGUAUAUAUCGACCAUUUUAUCUAAAAAUUGUGAUAAUUGGCCACAUUUAUACACUGAAAUACACUGCAUCUUUAUUCCUAUUUGAACUGCUGGUAAAGAGAGUAAAUACUGUAUAUAGACAUUGUGAAAGGAUUCAUGUUUGCCUUAAAUCUACAUGCUCCUGUUGCUUCCUCUAAUCUGCAUAAACUGCCAACAUUCUCUGCACAGUAGAGACACAAAAACCUGGCUCUGUGGACAACAGUGGACUUAUGAAAAUUUGUGAUUGUGUGGGAGAGGGGAACGGUUGCAUAAUGCAAACCUAAAACCUUAACAUGGAAUGUUGAAAAGCAUAAAAGAAACUGAAACGAUGGCCUGCAGUUUACUGUGUGCGUUACACGUAGUUGUGUCAUUGUGUGCACUUUAAACUUGAGUCUCACUUUUAAUGUUGACAUGUUAUACCGCUUUUAAUAAAAUCAUCUAUAAUGCUG